GUUUCACACACGCACCUUCUCCAACGCCAUGGAAUCCGUGUUGUUGGCUGCGUUGGUUGGCACGCUGGCGUUUGCUGCUCAGGGAGCUGAGCGGAUUUCUUUGGAGACCCCUUCUGCAAACAAAUCUGCACGUCGAAAAGCAUCCGCAAGGCCGUCUGCUGGUUCCGACGCUUUCGUGGCCUCUGUUGAUGUACCCCCGCCAAGUCCUAGCGCGUCUGUCGCAUCGCCGCUUGCGCUCGACACGCAGCGAGCAUCAAAGACGGCAGUCGCCGCUGUUGCCUUACUUCGAACCAGCAGCGUCGUAUUUGGGGCGGUCGUCGUUGCGGGAAUAUUUUGCCGCUUUACGCUCGUACUGUUUGCCGCACCACUUGCAGUCGCUCUGCAAAUGCUGCACUAUCGCGUGGUUUGCGACGUGCUCGUACGGCGGAACGGAUCUGUGCUGGCCAUCCUCUCGAGAUUGGUGCGCCUUUCGUGGAUUCCUUUGGUUGCUUCUGCUCUAUUGACGACCUCUGGCUUUGUGAUUUUUGACUCGUGGUAUUUCGGUGCUCUCGAGUUUGGUGGAAGCUCUGUCGUUUCCGAGUCCAUCCCAUCGGAAUCCCCUCUGGCGUCCCCGUUCCUUCUCGCCUGCCUGCCAACAUGGAAUCGCCUUCCAGUCGUGGCCCCUCUGAACAAUUUGUUGUACAAUCUCAACCCAGCCAAUCUGGAGCAGCACGGUCUUCAUCCGCGCUACCUGCACAUCCUCGUCAACAUGCCCCUGCUCUUUGGUCCGCUGGUGCUCGCCCUUGCUGCCGCCUGUUGCAAGUUUGCUUUUCCUCCUCGCUCUGGCGUAUAUCAGCGAUGUUUCAUUCUCGGCGUAUGCGGUAGCGCAGCAUUGGGGCUGCUCGGACUGUCGAGCGCUCCACACCAAGAGCCGCGGUUUCUGCUCCCGCUCCUCCUUCCAAUCGUGCUGCUGACAGCGCGGUGGGUUCAACGUUGGCCCGUCUUGAUGACUGCUUGGAUUGGGUUUAAUCUGCUUGCUGCGACGUGGUUUGGCCUCUUGCACCAAGGCGCCGUCACUCGUUCCUUGCUAGCGUUGAAUUCUGCAGGACGCCUUGCACAACCAGAGACCAGGUUGACGGCCAUCUUUGCUUCUACGUACAUGCCACCGCGCCAUCUUCUGGCUGGGUCGAACUGGACCACGAUUGAUUUGGGUGAUUGCGGUCCCGAAACGCUCAAUCAACGGCUGCAGCUCUUGAGCGAGAGCGUAGCUGCUCAACCGCACGUGGUGUGUGUGGUGCUACCCUCCAUCUUGCUUGCACAGCCUCUCAACUUUAGCAGCAAUACGCCAGUUUCAACCAAUCCGUGGGAGUCUGCGUUGGCAUCGCACCGCCUCACUUUUAGCCAUUCGCUCGCCCCACAUAUCUCGACAGAAGCCAUCGCCCAAGCUCCGAUCGUUGCUCAGCUCCGUGCCGAUUUGGUCGAGACGGUCUCGGCAGUCGAAGCGCACGAUCUGGACUCGACCGAAGCUCCAACAACUGCUCCAACCGACGAAGGCGAGCGAAUUCGAGCCCUGUUGUUUCAACAUGGCGCGCACCUCCUCUCGCAGUGGCGGCACAUUCUUUCGCUUGAUGUGCGCUGCAGCCAACCAUUGCCCUUGUAAUUGUAUCCAUGAUCCUGUAGUAUCUCUGAAAAUCCGCGAAAGAAAAAAGCAAACCAGC